AUGCUCAAUUUCCUCCUCCAACAAAACACCAACAACAACAAACCCUCCUCCUCCUCCUCCCAAUUCUUCCACCCUCAGUCCCACCACCACUCCUCCUCCGCCGUCCCAACCGACAGCAACCCACCUCCUCCUCCCCAGCAAGCCAAGAAGCCGCCGCCGAAGCGGGCGUCCACCAAGGACCGCCACACCAAGGUCGACGGACGCGGCCGCCGGAUCCGGAUGCCCGCCGCCUGCGCCGCCCGGGUGUUCCAGCUCACCCGGGAGCUCGGCCACAAGUCCGACGGCGAGACCAUCCAGUGGCUGCUCCACCAGGCCGAGCCCGCCGUCCUCGCCGCCACCGGCACCGGCACCAUCCCCGCCAACUUCGCCUCCCUCAACAUCUCCCUCCGCACCUCCGCCGCCUCCUCCACCCUCUCCGCCCCCCACCACCGCACCUCCUCCUCCUCCUCCUACUUCCCCUCCCCCUCCGCCGCCUUCCACCCCCAGAUGAUGGCUGCGGCGGCGGCGGCGGGGGCAGGGAGCAUGAGUUACUUGCUGCAGUCGAGCAGCGCCGGGGCGAUACCGGCGGGACAGAGUGGCGGCGGCGGUUUGUUUCCGGGUACGUUUUGGAUGAUGAGCGGGUCGGGUGACCCGAUGGCUGCCUUCCCGUCUUUUGGCGGCGGUGGUCAGUUGGGAGUUCUGGCGACGCUGAAUGGGAACCGCCACAGCGGAGGAGGAGGCGGUGAGGAGCGGCGGGAGGAGGAUUCGACCGCGUAG